AAAUGUUUUUCUAACUCUCCGAAAUACUCAGCCUCCAAGGAAUAUAACAGUCUUCGAAAACAAACAGCAAUUUUCUCUUGUGAAAUCAGUGGUGGUUUCCCUAGCUGGGCUGUGAAUGGGAAGCCUUUACCCGAACUCCCAUUUGAGCUGCGUAGCAAUUUGGAUACUUUUUUAAUAAUCAAUAAUGAGAACCCUCAAAAUCGACUAACAAUGAUUGGCAGAGUUGAGUUGAAUGGAACUACAGUUAAGUGCUUGAUAAAUGGUGGGCUUUCUGAUGAGAGCAACUUGGUUUCAUUGAGUGUUCAAGGUCCACUAUCAAAGGUUGUUAAAUUGAGAGCCAUCAGCAAUGCCAUCUCAGUUACUGUUUCCUGGACUGCUCCAUUCUCUCUGGAUGUGACUGAUGUUGAUCCUGAUAUCUGGUACUCUGUCCUGGUCUACAAUGUGACAGAUGAGAAAAACCCAACAGACAUCCUCUGUACUGACUGUAUCAAUAUCACUGAGACACACUACACCUUCACUCCUUACUACCCCAGCAACUCCUUCAAUCAGCUUUUUCAGAACAAAUCUGAAAGCUAUUUUGAUGUGGUUAAUGUCACAUUUCAAGUUUGUGGAGAUGUGGAACAAAUACGUGGUUACAUUCUCCAUGGAGUAACAGGACUUGAUAAUGAGACUGUACAUUUUAAUAUCUCAAAUUUGGGGGAUAAAAGACUUUUAGUCUACACAUUGCCUGAAAAUGACUAUUUUUCUGUCUUUUUCGAAGUGUUUACCACUGCUGGGGCAAUGAAUGUAUCUUAUGACAACUUUUCAACAUAUGAUGUCCAGAGUCUGUCAGUGGAAGAGGAAAGAGGAGGAGGAGGAGCAAAAGUGAGAGGAGAGUUUGUGAGUCCACUAUCAAAGGUUGUUAAUUUUAGAGCUAUCAGCAAUGCCAGCUCUGUUACUGUUUCCUGGACUGCUCCAUUCUCUCUGAAUGUGACAGGUGUUGAUCCUGAUAUCUGGUACUCUGUCCUCAUAUACAAUGUGACAGAUGACUCAACAGCCAUCCUCUGUACUGACUGUAUCAAUAUCACUGAGACACACUACACCUUCACUCCUGACUACCCCAGUCAUUGUCAUGUCUACAACAUCUCUAUUGUUCCAUUGAAUGGGGCUGGACAAGGAGAGAGCAGUAGCAUUACUGUAGGUGGAAUAAAGUUUGCAAGGGAGAACAUAACUUUUGUCAAUGAUAGCAAAUGCAAUGUUGUAUAUAACAUCAUUGGAGAUUUUAACGCGGUGACUAACAUUUCUUUUGACUAUGGUGUUGGAAGAGAAACAAGAAAUUUUUCCGGUGAUGAAGGAGGAAAAGUCAUAUUUACUCUACCUGCUAAACGAAAGUAUUCCGCAUCGUUCGAUGUGGAAUUAGAAUAUGGAAAGAUGGAGAAUGUGUCUUCAGAUUAUUUCACAACAUUUGACACUCAAGAUUUCAAUGCUGAGCCAGUUGAUGGUGGAAUCCAAGUUACAGGAAGAUAUAUAAAUGGGUCUCAUUCAAGAGGAACUUUUCUGGUCAUUGAAUCAUUUUCUGUUUUUUUUAUUGUGCUGAAGCGAAAUGUAACUGACCAAAGUUUGAUGAAGAAAAUUCCAAUGCCGCCUUCAAGGUACACAGUGCAUGCAUACGAUAUAGAAGAAAAUGGACUUCCUAACCCUCAUCCUGCUAAUCUUGAUGAGCAGACCGUAAUCAUUGAAACAGAUAAUUUUACCGAGAGUGCUGAGAGCACUCAGGCAAUGAUGAUCAGUAUAAUUCAAAACGGCUAUAAUGUAACCAUCAACUGUGUUCACGAUGAAGACAAUGCAUCAUUUGUUGUCAUCUACAAAGCUCAUGGAAACUCAACACUGAAUUUGAGGCACAAAAAUAAUCUUCCCCUCAAGAUACAGCUGAACCGAGCUGAAACAAUGAACUAUACCUUUGCUGUGUUCAAAAUGAUCAAAAGUGAUGAAGAAACUAAUGACAUUGAUGAAAGGCCUGUAAUAUCUAAAGAGAUUAAAUUGGUUGCUGAUAUACCAAGCAGGACAGUCACAAAAAUACUUACAAUCAAAUUGCCUUUCACUACAGCUGGGCCAACACCGAAGCCAUCAUUAAUUACACCAGAGAUUGACGGAGUGCGACCUCCUGUCGCUCUGGACUCCAUGGUCCAGUAUUCUCAACUGAACAUCAGAGCUACUGAUAGAAUGGCUCAUUGUCCAUAUGCUGAGUUGGGACCUGCUCCGGCAAAUAGGCCAGAAACCAAGAGGAUUGACACCAAGACUGAAUCGCCAUAUGUUAGUAUUGUACCUCAGACCACUAAUCCUGUUACAGGCUGUGGGAUACAGAGUGCACACAAGACAACUCUUACUAGAGCACUCCCUACAGUUGAGUCAGUGAUAUCACUACUAAUGGGAGUGGCAGGUCGUUGGAAGAUGAUAGCCGAGGGUCUGGGUUUUAAUGAGGAUCUGAUUGAUGAGAUAUACACCAACAAUGAGAUGAACGAGGCCUGUCUGCAGGACUGUGUGGAGCAGUGGGUGGCAAGACUACAGCCAACGUGGGAAGCACUAUCUGUUGUACUCUCUGAUAUGGGGGAAUAUGCGCUGGCACGCCUUGCUAUGAAAAAAGCCCCACCUCCUCAACCCAGUGAGAUGAGUGUUAGUAAGAUGGCCACCACAGCUCAGGAGUGUGUCUGCUUUGAUGCCGAGGUGGUGCCUGGAGCUCAGGAUGACACAUACUCAACUGGCGACAAUGCAAUUGGUGACAAUGCAAAUAUUGAUAAUGCUGAACCCUGUUUGGGCCUUAAACAAGAUACACCAAGAUGUCUGAGCUGUUCCAUGCUUCAAGAGGAGAACCCUAUCAUCAGUGGUGAGGAGCUGCAAGUAAUUGAGGCUGGAGAUAGUGGAAUAAACAGUUGCCCAGUGCAGCAAUACUCAGUGGAGGAGGGAGAUCAAUCCAGUGUGUCUAAGACCCCACAAGAGGUAUCUGCUGAUACUGGCAUUGAUGGAGGGGGUGCAGAUCAAGGGGGAGAAGCAAUCAUGAGUCAAAGUCAGGAGGGAGGAGGCACUGGAGGGGAAGUUGGAGAAGAGAUGGUAACUGGAGUUCAUGGUAGAAAUGUACCUACCACAAACAUCAACACUGACAACGAGACAAACAGUGGUAAUAGUGAGGAUAGGGGAGGAAAGAAUAAUACUAUGUUGACCGAUGAUCGUUCUUCAAGAGAUGGUGUUAGACCAGCUGUUGUCAUGUGUCCCACUCUCCAAGAGGAAAUAAUUUUUUGUCACGUGGAAACUAGCUCAGAGAGCUCAGUUGUAACACCUACCAAUUGCGUCGAGGAGGAAGAUGAAGGAGAGUCUGAGAAGGUGUUUGUGACAAUGAAUUCGGAAAUUUUCAUUUUUCCAAAGGCACCUUGUUUUUGCUUCAAAUAUACAAGCUUAUUCAGAGGGAAUGACGACGAGAAUGUCAAGAAUGAUGAUGAAUAUUUUGUUAAUGAUGUGCAGGGCGUAGAAGACUCUCUUUCCAAAUUUAUCUGCCCUUUUUAUAUUUCUGAUCCAAAUUCUGAGGCUGACGAGAAAGACAUUUUCCCCAUUUUUAAGAGGAAAGGGGAGAUGAAACUCGAUGAACAGGCACUGCUGGAAUCAAUUGGAAAAUUUUACAGCUUGUACAAUGGAGAUGGUUCAUCUACGCCCACAAGAAAUUAUCUGUGGCUGGGACGUCCAGAUAUAUUGCAAGAAAGGUUUGCGAAGUGGAUGUAUGCAGGAGUGGCUCUGGGAUUCCAUGGACUUGAUAAACUGAUCGAUCUGAAGGCUACCCCACCUUGGGCUGAGACUCAAUUUGGGUGUCUUGGUCUGACUCUAACGUCAGGCAAAGGGUAGCUGAUCGUGACACACUUUAACUUUUUGCUGUUCUGAUGGAAAAUCUCCUGAUUAAGCAAAUGCAUAGUCCUGUGUUGUUUGUGUUGUAGUAUAUACUUGGUUACACUA